GCAUACAAUAGCCUAGAGUAUAGUUUGUGGCUAAUACGAACAACGAACAUGGCUAAAUGUUUUGUGCCUCUUCUUCCUAUCUUAUUGACUAUUCUUCUUCUUGCCUUCGCCGUUACAGAAUCCAAAGCAUACUCCACAACAACGCCGUUCGAAGGACAUAAGCCAGAUAAACUCACCCACCUCCACUUCUACUUCCAUGACGUAAUCACCGGUGACAAACCAACCGCCAUAAGAGUCGCUGCGCCCCCUGGAACAAACUCCUCCACAGUCUCAUUUGGUGUGGUUAUGAUAGCCGACGACCCGUUGACAGAGGGACCAGACCCGAGCUCGAAGGAAGUCGGGAGAGCUCAGGGAAUGUACACAUCUACGGAUAUGAAAAUCUUAAGCUUCACAAUGGUCUUUAACUUGGUGUUCACGGAAGGAGAGUUUAACGGCAGCACCGUAGCGAUGUAUGGACGGAAUCCGAUAAUGUCGAAGGUGAGAGAGAUGCCGAUCAUCGGAGGCACCGGUGCGUUCAGGUUUGCUAGAGGCUAUGCACAAGCCAGAACUUAUAAACUUGUUGGUUUAAAUGCCGUGGUUGAAUACAAUGUAUUCAUUUGGCAUUAAUUAUUUGGGAUUUUGUUUAUUAUGUAAUUCGAAAACGAAAUAUUGUUUCACUUUUGUUUGUCGUGGUUUGUAUCGUUGAAAUUUUGUUCGGUUUUGUUGUGUGUAACUUGGUGAGUUAUAUUGAUAUGGCUAGCUCUGUCUAUAUGCA